AUGGAAAGAGCACUGGGAAAGGUGUCUCAACAACCUCUAUACUCACAGGGCCCAGAGCCGAUCUGCUCGCAAAUGCUAACACGCGCAGCUACAUCUUCUCGUAAAUUUGCAUCCUCAACUGACGCCUUGGGGAAAUCUGUUCAGCAGGUCACAGCUCCCGAGUUGACAGCGGACGUGGAGAUCUCAAACCCCAAUAUCAUCGAAGGAUUAUGUGCUCCUACCUAUACGGCAUUCGAAGUUAAUGCAGCCGAGGUGCAAGACACAUCCUGGCUAGAAAACACUCUCUUUGGUACCGAUAUGAACUUCGACUGCUCAAUUAACGAAUGGUUCGAUGCGUGA